AUGGGUGAUUGUGAAACUGCUGUCCCAAUUACUCGAAAGGAUUUGGAUGCUCAAAACGUACGAAUCGACAAUUUAGCCAAUCAACUUGGGGAGAUGCGUGAGUUGUUGUUACAAGCUAUUGGUGGCAACAAUGGAAGAGAAGACAGAAAUAACAAUAUAAGAGAAGAUGGAGAUAACAAUAGAAGAGAAGACAAAGACAACAACCAAGGAGGCAAUGUUGGAAGAAAUAAUAAGAGACAACGUGUUCCAGAGAGCGAGUCGGAGUCCGAAGAAGAACUUGAGGAACCACCACUGGUUAACAAUCCACAUCAUCGUAAUCACAACAAUUUUGGUGAUUAUCGGAUUAAAGCCGAAAUCCCUAAUUUUUGGGGAAACUUGAAAAUUGAAGAUUUCUUGGAUUGGUUGGUAGAAGUGGAGAGGUUCUUUGAAAUUAUGCAAGGAAAGCAACAAGUCCGUACACGACGAAAGAUUAAGCAGCUUAUGAUGGAUCGGUUCCUACCUACUGAUUAUAAACAAAUUUUGUACCGCAUGUACAUCGGCUGUACGCAAGGCAAUCGUUCAGUUUCUGAAUAUAUUGAAGAGUUUAUGCGUCUAGCGAAGCGUAAUCAUUUGAUCGAGAUCGAAAACCAAAAGGACGCGAUUAAUAUGGCGUUAAAGGCUGAGUUGUUGGAGAAGGAGAAACGCCAAACUAAUUAUUGCAGGAACACGAUGGAUCAUUCAGAAAAUGUUGCUACUUUUCCUAGUGACAAGGGGAAAACACAGCAUCAAAACUUCGGCAAAUCGUCAAAGCCGUCGAACCUCCAAAGUAAAAGCAGCAAUGAAGGCAGCAUCCGAUCUUCCAAUAGAGUGCAGACCCAGAACCAGCCCCAGAAAGAGAAUCCAUAUGCUAAGCCCAUGACAGAUAUUUGUUACCGAUGCCAAAAACCAAGGCAUUGUUCCAACGUUUGUCCCGAGCGAAGGCAAGCUAAUUUUAUAGAAGAUGUCGGUGAUGACGAAGAAAAUGACGAAGUUGUAGACGAUGAUUAUGCAGGGGCUGAGUUUGCAAUUGAGGAGGGAAUGGAAAGGGCAAUGGCACAACAUUUUCCGUUCUCUUUGUUCGAUCAAAAAUAA